AUGAGUGUUCAGACAAUGAUGUGGGUGCCUCGGAGAGUGGUUCGAGGCGGUGUCCCUUUUUUUGUUAACUCAAAGCUGUGCUUGGGGCUCUCAAGGAGAUCUUUCCACGGGAGCUCAAUAACUCGUUCUACAUACGAGGAGGAAAAAGUUUUAGUGGAUGAAAUAAAGCAGCAGCUGACACCCGCCGACAUCGAACUAUCCAAGAAGCUACGUAACAUUGGUAUAUCCGCACAUAUUGAUUCUGGGAAAACAACUUUUACUGAACGUGUUUUAUACUAUACAAAAAGGAUCAAAGCUAUUCAUGAAGUUCGUGGUAGAGAUAAUGUGGGUGCAAAAAUGGAUUCCAUGGACCUUGAAAGAGAAAAGGGUAUCACUAUCCAGUCUGCCGCUACUUAUUGCUCUUGGGAUAAAGGGGACAAGAACUACCAUUUUAAUUUGAUCGAUACGCCGGGCCACAUUGAUUUCACUAUUGAAGUGGAGCGUGCUUUGAGAGUGCUCGACGGUGCUGUUCUUGUUGUUUGUGCUGUUUCGGGCGUCCAAUCCCAAACCGUAACUGUUGAUCGCCAAAUGCGUAGAUAUAAUGUUCCUAGGGUGACUUUCAUUAAUAAAAUGGAUCGUAUGGGUUCGGAUCCUUUCCGUGCCAUUGAACAACUUAACUCGAAACUAAAGAUUCCUGCUGCUGCCGUACAAAUACCUAUUGGAGCAGAGUCGACCUUGUCUGGUGUUGUUGAUCUAAUUAAUAAAGUAGCUCUUUAUAAUAAGGGUGAUAAUGGGGAGAUCAUUGAAAAGGGACCAGUUCCUGAAGAGUUGAAACCCCUAAUGGAAGAGAAAAGACAACUGCUUAUUGAAACGCUGGCUGAUGUGGAUGACGAGAUGGCAGAAAUGUUUUUGGAAGAAAAGGAACCUACUAUAGAACAAAUUAAAGCUGCUAUUCGCAGAGCCACAAUUGCCAGAGCUUUCACACCGGUUUUGAUGGGGUCUGCCUUAGCAAAUACUGGGAUUCAACCUGUUCUUGAUGCUAUUGUAGACUUUUUACCAAAUCCUUCUGAAGUGUUGAAUACAGCAUUAGACGUGAGCAAGAAUGAGACUACGGUCAACCUAGUCCCUGCGGUACAGCAACCGUUCGUUGGACUGGCAUUCAAAUUGGAAGAAGGCAAAUAUGGUCAGUUAACAUAUGUUCGUGUCUACCAAGGGCGCUUAAGAAAGGGUAAUUAUAUCACAAACGUGAAGACUGGCAAGAAAGUGAAAGUGGCGAGAUUGGUUAGAAUGCAUUCCAAUGAAAUGGAAGAUGUUGACGAAGUUGGAUCUGGUGAAAUAUGUGCUACUUUUGGCAUUGACUGUGCUUCUGGUGAUACAUUCACCGAUGGUAGUGUUCAAUACUCCAUGUCAUCCAUGUAUGUUCCUGAUGCCGUUGUUUCUUUGUCGAUUACACCAAAGUCUACGGAUGUAUCUAAUUUUUCAAAGGCUCUGAACAGAUUCCAAAAGGAAGAUCCUACAUUCAGAGUGAAGUUCGAUCCUGAAUCUAAGGAAACUAUUAUUUCUGGGAUGGGUGAAUUGCAUCUGGAAAUUUACGUAGAGAGAAUGAGACGUGAAUAUAACGUAGAAUGUGUCACCGGUAAGCCACAAGUUUCUUAUAGAGAAUCUAUCACUAUUCCUGCAGAUUUUGACUACACUCACAAAAAACAGUCUGGUGGUGCUGGUCAAUUUGGUAGAGUUAUUGGUACUCUAUCGCCUGUAGAAGAUAUCACCAAGGGCAACAUAUUUGAAACCGCGAUUGUUGGUGGGCGUAUCCCAGAUAAGUAUUUAGCUGCAUGUGGUAAAGGUUUCGAAGAAGUGUGCGAAAAGGGACCAUUGAUUGGUCAUCGUGUUCUAAAAGUUGAAAUGUUAAUCAAUGAUGGUGCUAUUCAUGCAGUGGAUUCUAAUGAACUAUCGUUCAAAACCGCUACUAUGUCUGCGUUCCGCGAUGCCUUCUUAAGAGCGCAACCGGUGAUUAUGGAACCUAUCAUGAACGUGUCAGUGACAUCGCCAAACGAAUUUCAAGGUAAUGUCAUCGGUCUUUUAAACAAGUUACAAGCAGUGAUACAAGACACAGAAAAUGGACAUGAUGAGUUUACACUAAAGGCUGAAUGUGCCUUGAGUACAAUGUUUGGUUUCGCUACAUCUUUAAGAGCUUCGACUCAAGGUAAAGGUGAAUUCUCGUUAGAAUUUAGCCAUUACGCUCCAACAGCACCUCAUGUACAGAAGGAAUUGAUCUCUGAGUUCCAAAAGAAACAACUUAAAAAAUAG